AUACUAGCAAAGAAUUCUUUGCAGUAUGAUUAGGUCUUAAAUGCUCGUUUAGUGCUGGUAGUCAGUCGUGUGUUGAAAAGGGGCUAGCAAAGUUAAAAAAAACAGGACUCUCACCCUAAGUACCAAUUUUCCAUCGUCGAUCUAUUCCCUCCAGAGAUCAAUAACAGAUCACGAUCUUAUAUUCGAGAAGCGGAUCUUUUUCUUAUGCUACUCAGCUAUUUUACAAGCGGAAGUGAUAUUCAGGAAGCUAGUCGUUGAUGCAGGCAAUAAUUAACCCCAACAUUAGUGGCCUCUCGUUCCACCCCCUCUUCACUUGUUAGCAACAACACUUCUGUUUAAAUAGUCUCGAAGCAUGACAAAUGGAGCGAUUAUUCAGGCACGUAGUCUACCACUAAACUCAAAACAUCCUACUUCAAGGAUCUUACACCCUCUAGGUAUAAAGCUUGAUAAUUCUUGCAAGUACUAUAUAUCUCUCAUUUUCCUCUUCACUUCUCUUCGUUUCAUAUUCAACGUCUUUUUCAUUUCAUUAUGGCCUCCACCACAAGCUCCGACGGAAAUAUGCAUUCCGAAAAAGAGUUGCCAUCUCCUAGACAUAUCGAGCAAUUAACCGACGCCAGACAGCAUGCGGCCAUAAACAGAACUUUGAACGACCCUUUGGCCUUGUAUAAUGAGGACGAUCUGGAGGUCCUUGCAGAGAAUUAUGCUCGAGCUCAUGCGCUCAACGAUUCGAUUGAUAUUUCCGCAUUCAAGGCUGGAGCAUUGCUUGCAAAAAAUCCCGAUAGUCUACGGGCGAGAGCUCAACUUUCCGCCGCUGAAAUAAAUUUCUUUGACAAAGAGAAGACAAAUAAAUGGUCCCAGCCCAUGCUUUUCUAAAGUCAUCCUGCUCUGUUCGGUUUGCGCAGCCGUUCAAGGAGUAGAUGAAAGUGUUGUAAAUGGAGCGCAGAUUUUCUACGCCAGGAUGUUCGGAAUUGAUGAUCCAGACAGCUCUUUGGAUCCAUGGCUCUUAGGCAUCACCAAUGGUGCCCCGUAAGUCUUGAUUAAUCCCUCUAUCUCAAGCAAUCACUUAUGCAAAAUUAUUAGAUAUCUCGGUUGUGCUAUCGCUGGCUGCUGGCUUACUGUUCCAUUUAAUAAAUGGGUAAGUAAACUUAAUCGGUUCACGAAAAUUCUUCAUUCUUAAUACCUAAUCCUGUUUCCCAAUCUCAAACUACACUUCAUAUUUCUCAUACACCUUUCUAUUGCUUCCCAACAUAGGCUCAGCCCCUCAUCUCCUCCAAAAUCCUUUUUUGAUAUGCAAUACUGAUUUUAUCAUAGUGGGGACGUCGAGGAACCAUCUUCGUCACCUGUAUGAUCUCGGCCUUGACCUGCUUCUGGCAGUCAUUUACAAAUACCUGGUGGCACAUGUUUAUUGCUAGAUUUGCCCUUGGAAUAGGUAUUGGUGCAAAGUACGUACUGUUAUUCUUAUCUUCUCACAGGGUUUCUAAUAGUUCCGACCACAAUUCUAUCAUCACGAGCUCUCAUUCCCUGAUUGCAAUAGAGUAUUAAAGUCUCUUGAAAUGCUGAGUUCAUUUUUGAAUAUUGUCUCGAUUUCAAGUAUUGAAAACGUAGAACUAAACUGCGACGAAGUGAUACAAUAAUGGAGGUAUCUAGUCACGAGGUUUCUCUGUAGUACACGAGCUAAAGCCUAGACUCUUCAUAGAGAGCUAGGCCCUUAAUCCUCUUUCAAGAUUUCCAUCAAUACAGUAGUUCAUCAGGGACCUAAAGAUCUCAGUGGUAUAGUCUGCUACGCACUAUUUAAUAACCCUUCUUUUCUCCACAGUCGAGUCUCAUAAAAAUUUUGAUGCUAAUUUUCUCCUAGGUCAGCGACUGUUCCUGUAUAUGCUUGUGAAACUUCUCCAGCUCCGAUACGUGGUGCCAUGGCUAUGCAAUGGCAGGUCUUCACCGCCUUUGGUAUCAUGUUGGGUUUCGCAUUUGAUCUAGCCUUCUACUAUGUCCCAGAUACAGCAGCUAAUAUUCAUGGGCUUAAUUGGAGAUUAAUGAUGGGAUCCGCCGGAGUCCCUGCUCUCUUUGUUUGCUUACUUGUAUUCUAUUGUCCCGAGUCGCCUCGCUGGUACAUGGGCAAAGGCAGACACCAAGAAGCAUAUAAUGCCAUGUGCAGAUUGAGACACACUAGGGUUCAGGCAGCACGAGAUAUUUUCCAAAUGCAUAUGCUCCUCGAAGCCGAGAAGAACAUGGGUGAUGGACAAAACCAGAUCAAGCAACUUUUCACGGUACCCCGUAUUAGGAGAGCAAUGGUAGCUUCAGAGAUUACCAUGUUCAUGCAGCAGGUAAGAAAAUUAUCGUAUUUCAAUAUAUUAUAGGCCACGAUAGCUAACAUGUGUAUUAGUUCUGUGGUAUCAAUGUCAUAGCGUACUAUUCCAGCGUAAUUUUCGUUGAUGCUGGCUUUUCGGAAGUCAAUGCUUUGUGUGCAUCCUUGGGUUUCGGCGCGCUUAACUUCUUUGGUGCUCUUCCUGCUAUCAUCACAAUCGACAAAUUCGGUCGACGAUGGCUUCUACUCCUCACAUUUCCACUCAUGUCCGCCUUUUUGUUCCUCACUGGUUGGAGUUUCCUGAUUCCAGAGGGAACUGCACGUAUUAGUGUCGUAGCUCUAGGUAUCUAUCUCUUCUGUCUAGCCUACAGGUAAGAAAUUACGCCGUUUCAUUUCUCCCCACCAUUUAAUGCACAUUUCUGUAUUUUUUAACUAUCACAUGUGAGAUUAUUAGAAUGGGCAUAUUAAGGAGAGUGUCUUAUGCCUCUAGGGCCUCUAGAAGCAUAACCGUGCUAGCUCGUAUCACAACGCUAACAGUUCAUAGCCCUGGAGCUGGCCCUGUGCCCUUUACGUACUCGGCAGAGGUGAGAAAUUUACCUUUUAUUAUAUCAUGUUCUGUAACAUAACCCUAACAACUUCUUAGGCCUACCCUCUCCACAUCCGUUCACUCGGAAUGUCCUUAGCAACAGCCACUACAUGGUUCUUCAACUUUGUCUUAGCAAUCACAUGGCCAUCUAUGUUGAGAUCCUUCAAGGCUCAAGGAGCUUUCUCCUUUUACGCUGGAUUCAACAUAGUCGGCUUCUUUCUUGCUCUGUUCUUCGUCCCUGAGACUAAAGAUAAAACACUGGAAGAAUUGGACCAGGUUUUCAGCGUUCCUACGAGAAAGCACGCCGCCUAUGGAUGGGGUCAAUUUACUUACCCUAUUAAAAGACAUGUCUUCAAAAUGGAUGUUGAGAAGCCAAAGUUAUAUGAGAACUUGGCCGAAAAGGACCAAUAUCAUCACAGUCCCACCUCAUCUGUGAGGGUUGGAGGCACAACUGAUAGAGUUUGAGCACCCUCGAUUGGAAACUUGAGGCUGUUCCAAUAGUUUGAUUGAGACGUAUUAAUUAGAUGAUCCAAAUAAUUGGAAACUAAACUACUCAAGGUCCAGUGCCAUACGAAAGUGCCAGGGCAAACAAAACCAUAUGGGAGAUUCAACAUGCUCCAUGCUAAUAUGAUUUAGAUUAUUUGCAAUCUACAACGCACCUAGAAUUAUUCAAUUUUAUUGGGAAAUCCUACGUUCCAAGAAGAAUGUAGAGUACUCUAGCUA